AUAUAAUUGACAUUUGGUGAUUUGAUUCAUCAUGACUUCCUUAAUUUAUCAACUCCUUAUCUCCGCCACAAGUUUUCUCCUCUUCCUUGCCUGUUUCCAGCAUUUCACAGACGCACAAGGAAUAGGUGUGACCCUCGCACGCGACAUGCAGAAACCGCCACCACCCAAGGCCAUACUAUGGCUCCUCCGGCAAAAAAACAUAAAGAAGGUCCGAGUCUACGACGCAUUCAACGACCGAGACCUCCUGGAAGCCCUGCAGGACACCGGGAUCGACGUCCUGGUCGGGAUGAACAACGACGACGUGUACCGGGUCGCGGCCGACGUGUCGUCCAACGAGGCCGCCAAGUGGCUGGAGCAAAACAUCAAGCCGUACUACGAGAAAGUCAGCUUCCGGUGCCUCCAGAUCGGGCGGCGGAUGUCGCAGCAGGGGAACCGGCAGAUCUCGGCGGUUUUCCAGGCGCUGGUCCACGUCCAGACGGCGCAGAAGAGGCUAGGGCUCGACAUCUCGCUAGGGAUUGACUUGGAUACCAACGUCAUGACGGAGUCGUUCCCGCCGUCGGCGGCGUCGUUCGACGUGUCCAUAUUGCCGGUGCUCCGUCCCAUGUUGACGUUCAUGGAGCAUAAUAUGGGGACACUCAUUGUGAGCAUUUACCCCAUGAUCAGGUACGUGACGGACUUAUACUACGAGUACAAGGGCGUCUCCAUCGACUACGCGCUGCUGAACGGCGAGACGGUGGUGGUGACGGACAACGGCCUCCAGUACACCAACAUGAUGGACGGCCUGAUGGACGCCUUCUACACGUCGCUGAAGAAGCUCGGGAUCUCGAUGAGGGUGAUCGUCGGCGAGACAGGGUGGCCGUCGAGCUCCGAGGUCAAAUACGCUACACAGAAGCUGGCCGGCGAGUAUAUCUACAACUUGGCAGAGCGGCUGAAGAACAACGUCGGGACGCCGUUGAAGCCCCAGUGGCACGUGGAGACCUUCAUCCAUACGCUCUACGUUCAGGACAAGAACAACGACGGGAUGUAUAAGUGGUACGGAAUGUUUUAUCCCAAUGGUUCGCCGGCAAAUCCAUACCUCUCUCUUUGAAAGAAAGAAGGAUAAAAGGAGAGAACUGAAAUUAGGGUUAUUGUAUUCUUGAGCGUGUGUGUACAAGUUAUUUGGGUAGGGUUUGUGAUUCCAGGAAUGCAUGUAUUUUUUAAACUGAGGAAUUCUAUUUCUUGGGUAAUCUACAAAUAUAUUAUAGCCGAGUUGGGGACAGUUUUUCAGCAUUUCAAAUUUUCUGCAACGAGAGCAAAAGUAGUAAUGGUAAUUGUGUCUUCAAAAUCAUUAUUUAUUU